CUGAUCCAAACGAACAAAAAUAAACGUUUAUAUCGCCGAUUUAGGUUGGAGUUGGUCUUAGGACUACCGCUAAUUCGGCAGGCAACCGUGAUAGCUGCAGCCCCGUGGAGCUCAUAGGCCCAAACAAACAGAACCUAAAUUGGCUUCCAGUCUGAUUCAUCUUCUGUCCGUAAGAAUUUGUGGCGGAGCUCCUCGUCCUGCCGCUGCCUCCUUCAGCCGCGUUUGUUCUUCCGCUCGCACCGUUCAGGACGGCGCCCGCGACCUGUGUAAUGGAUGCAGUAGCUCUGGAAGAAGUUCAGAAUUGUGUGGUGAAGCUGAGGAGCAAUCCUCAGAGGCACAGGAAUAAAGUAUAUGUUGGCUGUGGCGCUGGAUUUGGGGGUGACCGGCCGAUGGCUGCAUUGAAGUUACUGGAGAGAGUUGAAGAACUUAAUUACAUAGUACUUGAGUGUUUGGCGGAGCGAACACUUGCGGACCGCUACCGAGUUAUGAUGUCGGGAGGGAAAGGAUUUGAUCCCCGAGUCAAGGAGUGGUUGUCCAUGCUUCUACCCUUGGCUUUGGAUAGAGGAGUUUGCAUAAUAACUAACAUGGGUGCAAUUGAUCCACCUGGAGCACAGAAGGAAAUACUGAACCUUGCAUCUAAUUUGGGACUGGAGAUAACGGUUGCGAUAGCUUAUGAAUCAUCGUUUUCACAUUCAGGAAACUCUGUAUUAUCGAAUGAAUCAAGUGGAGUUGGACAAGGAAGAAGCACAUACCUUGGUGCAGCCCCCAUUGUGCAUUGCCUGGAAAAUUACAAACCACAUGUCGUCAUUACUUCCCGGGUUGCUGAUGCUGCACUAUUCUUAGCACCUAUGGUUUAUGAAUUGGGUUGGGAUUGGAAUGACUUUGAGGAGUUGGCACAAGGGACAUUAGCUAGCCAUCUUUUGGAAUGCGGUUGUCAACUCACUGGAGGAUAUUUCAUGCACCCUGGAGAUACAUAUCGGGAUUUUUCUUUUGAGCAGCUUCUGGAUUUGUCUCUUCCAUAUGCUGAAGUGAGUUACAAAGGAGAAGUUUGUGUUGGCAAGGCAAAGGAUAGUGGAGGUCUUCUCAGCUAUAGCACCUGUGCAGAACAGCUUCUGUAUGAAGUUGGAGAUCCUGCAAACUACAUAACUCCUGAUCUGAUUGUAGAUUUCAGUGACGUGCAGUUCCAUCAAAUAUCAAAAGAUAAGGUUCACUGUAAAGGAGCAAAACCAUCUAAUCCUUGUCGGCCCGAGAAACUCCUCCAAUUGUUCCCUAAUGAAAGUGGAUGGAAAGGCUGGGGAGAGAUAUCAUAUGGUGGACAAGAGUGUUUAAGGCGCGCUCAGACAGCAGAAUACCUAGUUAGGUCAUGGAUGUAUGAAAGAUAUCCUGGCAUCGAAGAGAAAAUUGUUGCAUAUAUUAUGGGAUAUGAUAGUUUGAAAGCUAUUGGAGGUAAUAAAGACAGUUGCUCUGCCAAGGAAGUGAUAGAUGCUAGACUUCGGAUGGAUGGGCUAUUUGAUCAGGAGGAGCAUGCUGAUGGAUUUGUUCAGGAGUUCAUUGCACUUUAUACAAAUGGUCCAGCUGGGGGUGGUGGCAUAAGCACUGGGCAGAAGAAGGAAGUAACUCUGCAAAAGUUGCUGAUUGAUAGGGAGAACAUCUUCUGGCAAGUCAAUGUAAAGAACUCAAUCAUUCCUAGCUCAGAGAAUCAAUCUGCAAACAUUGAGAAGGGGCAAGUGCGUAUUAUACAAAAGAAAAAGUAUGCAGGAAGUUACGCAACGGGCAUUCAACGCCUCACUACAAACUUGAAGGAACCACCAUCGCCUGUAUCUGCUCCAUCUGGAUCAGAGAUCGCUCUCUAUCAUGUGGCCCACAGCAGGGCUGGCGAUAAAGGAAAUGAUCUGAAUUUGUCCAUAAUUCCUCAUUUCCCUAAUGACAUUGGCCGGCUCAGGAAUGUGAUCACUCCUCACUGGGUGAAGAAUGCUGUUUCACCCCUCCUUGAAUUUUCCUCAUUUCCAAAUGACCAAGCAACCCAGUGUCCAAACAAUCUACUUGAGCAUGUCUUGGUUGAAAUUUAUGAUGUCCCCGGCAUCAGCUCUCUGAACAUUGUGGUGAGGAAUAUCCUUGACGGCGGGGUGAACUGCUCCAGAAGGAUAGAUCGGCACGGUAAGACUCUGUCAGAUCUCAUCUUGUCCCAGAAAGUUAUCUUGCCUCUGUAGUUACAAGUCAUACAUUACUGGCACCCGAUGGGCAGAUAUAUCUAAAAUUUAUGUGCUAGUCUAUCUGAAAUAGAAAACUUGACCUGCUGUAUGAAAGAACAUACGGUUGCCGCUGGCUUGAAAUGGAGCAAUGUGGUUCUAGAAAGCCACAUGUGCCUCAUAAA